GGAGAGAGAGUGUGCGCGAAGUUUGCAUUGAAUAAGAGUUGCAGUGUUUUGUGUUAGAGCUCUGUCUUUGACUCCAUAUAUGAUAAUCGUAUCCAAAAAAUACACAACAAUUUCAGUCUUGUAUUGAAUAUUGCAUUGAAUUUCAUAUUAAAAGCCAAAAGCGUUGACUUGUAUUGCAUUGUAUAUUGUAUUGUGUUUUUGCCAUUUGUUAUCCAUAGGCCAUACUUAUUAAUAGUGAUUUUUAAUACCUUGGUCAUAUUUCACAUCACAUACAAAUGGCUGAUGAUAAUAAUGAUGAGUUCGAGUUCGAAUACACCAAGCCCACGAGCACUGUAUCCCACGUGACCCGGCAGUCACUGAUCACGAAAACGACGCGAACCAUAAACCAGCGCCGGCUGUCGGAGCGCCAGAAGUCGGUAGAGUCGCCACCCGUAGAGCAGCCGAAGCUGAAAAUGCUUUACGGCCGCGAUCUGAAAGAGUACGACAACGUGGAUGUGGAGAACCUGUUGGCGCAGUUGUCGGCCGAAGAGUUGGAACAGUUGAGCGAAGAGGUGGACCCCGACGACAAUCUACUGCCGCCGUCGCAGCGCUGCAAAGACCAGACGUCUAAGUCGGCCACCGGUCCACUGAAUCGCAAAAAGUUGUUGACUUUUCUCACAAAGUUCGCCGCCGAACAGGAAGACUGGCCCGAGUUUAAGCAAUUCCAGCCCGGAGUCAAAAAAGGCAAAAUAUUUAUCCCCAAAGAGACGGACACUCCGGACCAGUCGUCCGACGAGAAGAUAAUACUGGACUUAGAGGACGGCGCGGAACAGGCGCUGGACGACGCGUCGGAGGCGGAUCUGGUAGACUUGGCGGGCAUUCUGGGGCUGCACUCGAUGCUCAAUCAGGACCAGUUCCACAACUCUAUACUAAACAAAGGCCAACGCAUUGGCGACAAGUUUGAGUCGAUAGUGAAGGCGCCGACGCCCAAGAAGUUGCCCUUCGAACCGGACAACAUCACCGAUCCGGAGGCCACCGCCAAACAGGUGAUCGCCAACGACCCGAACCUCAAAGAGCUUAACUGGAAUAACAUUAAGUUUAUUCCUCGCGAGACGUUUAAGAAGAUGUUCGACGGCCUCAAGAAUAACACUCACCUCCAGACGAUUCAUCUCUCCAACACUGGCCUCACCGAUGGACCCGCAGAGAAAUUGGUGGAAGCGCUCAAAGAGAACACAACGUUGCGGACGAUAAGUCUGGAGAGUAACUACUUGUCGGGACCGAUGUUGCGGACACUGAUCCAGUCGUUGCUGGCGAAGCAACGGAUACUGGAGUUCCGGGCGUGUAAUCAGCGGCCAAUAAUUAUGGGCAAUCGGAUUGAGAUGGAAAUCGCCAAAGCGGUCGAGCAAAACGAUACACUCCUACGGCUGGGCCUGUGCUUUGACGUGCCCUGCGCUCGCCAAAAGGUGACAGAUCAUUUACAAGCCAACAACGAUAAUAUCCGCAUUAAUCGAGUAUAUAAUGUGCAGAGAUAAUUUGCAGUUAGCAACUUUUCACCCACACGCGCGUCUAUAUAAAUAUUAUAAUAAAUUUUAAUUAAUAAUAAAUUUGUCACUUUAUUUGUACACUAAUUGACUACACAUUUUGAUUUUCAUUUAAUUUUUUUGAUUUUUUUUUCAAUUAAUGGAAAGAUUAUUAUUAUUAUAUAUGUGUUGUAAAGAGAGGUUAUAUAUAUAAUAUAUAUAAUUACAAAGACCGAUAUUAAUUACCAUAUGUUUAGUUUAUAUAUUUUAAUCAUGGUUUAUUUUUAAGUUUUAUUUCUAGGCAUUAAUUACUGCCUAAAUAUCGGCCGAU